UUGAGGAAAUUUCACUUUUUCCAAGGGCAUGGCAAGCAGCGCAGUGCACAAUUUGUGCCUCCCUUCCUCGUCUACUGCUGACAGGAGAUUAUCGCUCGGCUCGGGGCGUGGAUUAGGUGCCGCGGGCCGGCAGGGCUCUCGAUUCAAGACAUUGCGUGUGGCGGCAUUGCGGCAGGACGGAGGAGGAGACAGGGACGAUGGUUUCUCGGGUGACGAGCCUCCGGAGUCGCUCUUCAUGAAGGAGCUCAAGCGGCGCGGCCUCGCUCCGCCAACAAAGUACUCUGGAGCUUCCACCGAGACCAAAACCAAGCGCGAAGAAUUUGGCAGCGGCGAGGAUAGUAGCGACACCGCUCAAUCAUUCAAGUCUUCCACUUCUUCAUCUUCUUCCUCCUCGAAUUCCUCCGAGUGGAGGGAUGAUAGGAGUGGUCAGCUGAAGCGAACGCUGGCGCUCAAUAGCGAAGGCCUUGACGGACUCAUACCGCGAGCUCAGGAGCUCAUCAAGCUCGGCGCGACGUUUUUCCUCGCCUUCUGGCCGCUGAUCAUUGCGAUUGUCGCGCUCUUUGUGGCCAUCUAUCUGUACUUUGGUCCAUCCUUUAUACACGAGGGAGACCUUCAUGGCGGAAAGCCUCCGUACGUGGAUCCUUUCCAGCUGCUAGAAGAAGAAUCGCUGUCCAAGGAACCGGGAUUAUCGCCGUAUGUUCGCUGAGAACUGGCAUGCGUGAUUGAUUUAUCUAUAGGGGACUUGUACAGAACAUAUCGCUUCCAUAUCCAGGAAUGUUUAUUUUCUCAAGCAGGUAGUUUGUAUAUCGGGAUUUUUCAAUCGUCGUGCGCAAGUUGUCUGA